AUUUUUACCGUACCAAACGCAUCUUCUCUUCCAUCUCAAAUCCCGUGGGGAAUUAGAUUUGUCUCUCUGUCGAGAGAAUCAUCUCAUCAUCGACCCCUCUUACUUCUCUCCAUUCACCGUCACCGAUCCAUCUCUCCCCCUUUCGGUUUCAAUCCCUGGUGCUCUCUCUCCUUCUUCCACUGAUCUAACGAUGAUUGCAGCCUUGUGAAAAUUAGGGGUUAUUCAAAAUGGCAGCGCCGAGGCCAACGGGGAACCAGGAUCUGUUCGAUACGUAUUUCCGGAGAGCAGAUUUGGAUGGAGAUGGCCGUAUCAGUGGAGCCGAGGCUGUCGCUUUCUUCCAACGCUCCGGUUUGCAUAAGAACGUCCUUGCUCAGGUAUGGUCCCACGCAGAUGCAAAAAAUGCGGGUUACCUUGGUCGAGAGGAGUUUUAUAAUGCUCUAAAGUUGGUAACUGUGGCGCAAAGUAGACGGGAAUUAACUCCUGCCAUAGUCGAAGCUGCAAUCCGUGGUCCUGCUUCUGCCAAUAUCCCUGCUCCCAACAUAAAUCUUGCUGCAACGCCCUCUCUACAGCCUAGGGGAGUUGUGCCUGCUACACAAGCUCAGGGAGGUGCGUCACUGCCAUCAGUACCCGCUGAUAUGAGAGGGCCUCAAAGGAGUGGAGCCGUAAGCACUAGUAACCAACAAGUGGGCCCGGGCCAGCAGAACCAAUUUAUGGGGCCACCUCCAUCUCAACCUCAGCAAAACUUUCAAAGCCAGGGUAUGCCAGCUGGAGGGACUAGUGCGCCUCGUAGUGCAAACCAACCUGUGCCAUCUGAUUGGCUCAGCGGCAGAAGUGUUGGGCCCUCUGGGCAAGUGAAUUCUCAACUUCCUUCGAGUCAAAGUGGAUAUGGACCUUCGAGUCAAAGUGGAUAUGGUUUGACAGCACCUAACUCAGUUGCCAGCAAUAUACCAAAACCGCAUGUGACACCUGCAGUAAUAAGCUCUACGACAGCGAAGGAUCCCAAGGCACUGGCGGCAUCAGGAAACGGUUUUCCCUCUGACUCACUUUUCGGAGAUGUGUUUUCAGUUACUUCUACGCAGCCAAAACAACAUACUGCGGGAACUACUUCGACAAUGGGCAGCUCAUCUGCUUCUGGUACACCUGGCUCUACUGUUGGAACUGGAAUUUCAGCUUCUAGUCAGUUGACCCAGCGUCAGUCGCAGCCCCAACCCCAAUACCAACCCCGACCCCAGCACCAUCCCCAACCUCAGCACCAACCCCGACCCCAGCACCAUCCCCAACCUCAGCACCAACCCCGACCCCAGCACCAACCCCAACCCCAACCCCAUGCCCAACCACAGCACCGCCCCCAUUCUCAUCCCCAGCACCAACCCUACCUCCAGUCCCAAGCCCCCUGGCAAAAAAUGACUCCAGCUGACGUCCAGAAAUAUACCAAGGUAUUUGUACAAGUUGACACUGAUAGGGACGGAAAGAUCACUGGGCACCAGGCUCGGAAUCUGUUCUUAAGUUGGAAGCUCCCGCGAGAGGCUUUGCAGCAGGUAUGGGAUUUAUCCGAUCAAGACAAUGAUAGCAUGCUCUCCUUGAGGGAGUUCUGUAUUGCUGUCUAUCUAAUGGAGCGUUAUAGAGAGGGCCGACCUCUUCCCCCAGUGUUCCCAAGCACUAUAAUAUCUAGUGAGAGCAUGUUUACCUCUCCUGGUCAAUCUGUGGCACCGCAUGGCAAUGCAUCCUGGGGACAUCCACAUGGUCAAGUUCAUGGGGCCUCGAGGCCACCAGCUAUUCCCAAAGGAAAGCCUCCAAGGCCGGGUCCUCUCUCUCCUAGUGAUGGAAUGGUCCAGGCCACUCAGCCAAAGCGUAAAAUGCCUGAGUUGGAAAAACAUCUGGUGGAUCAACUUAGCAAAGAGGAGCAAGAUGCGCUCAACUCAAAGUUUGAAGAAGCCACUGCUAUUGAUAAAAAGGCAUUCUCUUGUUUCUCUCUGAUUUUAGUGGACGAUCUUGAAAAGGAAAUAGCUGAUUCCAAGCAGAAAAUUGAGUUUUUCCAUGCUAAGAUGCAGGAACUUGUUUUAUACAAGAGCAGAUGUGAUAACCGGUACAAUGAGAUUACGGAGAGAGUCUCGGGUGAUAAACGUGAGCUUGACUCUCUAGCAAAAAAAUACGAAGAGAAAUACAAGAAGUCUGGAAAUGUAGGAUCUAAAUUGACUAUUGAAGAGGCAACAUUCCGCGAUAUACAGGAGAAGAAAAUGGAACUGUACCAGGCCAUAGUCAAAUUUGAAGAAGGCAAGCUUGAUGAUAGUAUUGUUAAGGAGCGCACUGAGCACAUCCAAUCGGGCCUUGAGGAAUUGAUUAAAAAUUUGAAUGAGCGCUGCAAACAAUAUGGAGUACGUGGCAAACCCACUACUCUGGUGGAGCUUCCUUUUGGUUGGCAACCUGGAAUUCAAGAAAGUGCUGCUGAUUGGGAUGAAGAUUGGGAUAAGCUAGAGGAGGAAGGUUUUACCUUCGUCAAGGAGCUUACACUUGAUGUCCAAAAUGUUAUUGCGCCACCAAAGGAAAAAUCAUCUGCUUGGAAGAAAGAAGUUACUGUCUCUUCAAAUGAAGGUGAACACGUUUCAUCCUCAGAUGUUGAGUCUAAAACAGAGAAAAAGCCUAGCAGUGGAGAAGAGGCAUCUGAACAUUCAGACGGUAAAACAGAUAGAAACGGAUCUCUGGAUGACUCUAAUGUUAGAAAGGGUGUUCAAGCUGAUGGUUCACCUGGAACCAAAGAUACAACGAGUGAAAAUGGUCAUGAUGAUGGUGAAUCUACUGCUUCUGCUGGCAAAACUGUAAACGAACCUAGUUAUGACUCUCACGAUGAGACCGAUUCAGUUUCAAGCUUCAACCCUGACAACGGAAAGGACAAGAAGCAUGAUACUGAUUUUGGAUUCGGGUUCGGAUUCGAUGACUUCAGCAUUAAACCUAUAAAAACGGGUUCCACCCUAUCAAAUGACUUCCUCCCUCCAAAGCUAUCUAUAUUUUCUGAUUCUGUGCCAAGCCCCCCGGCUAAUGCCAACGACGGUUUCACUGCAAAACCUUCCUUGUUUGCUGAUUCUGUCCCGAGCACUCCAGCAACAACCACUGCCUCUUACCAAGGCAAGAAAUCAUACUUCGAUGAGUCUGUUCCAAGCACUCCUGCCUACCCAGGAAACUUGUUUCCCGACCAGAAAUCAUACUUCGAUGACUCUGUUCCAAGCACUCCUGCUUAUCCUGGAAACUUGUUUCCCGAGAAGAAAUCCUUCUUCGAUGACUCUGUUCCAAGCACUCCUGCUUAUAGCACGUCUGAUUUUGGUGGGAAGCCCUUUGCAUCAGAGACUCCUCGUUCAGACAACUUGUUCCCAGGAAGAAGUCCCUUCAUGUUCGACUCUGUCCCAAGCACGCCCGCUGCACACGAUGACUUCUCUUCCAACAGCUUCUCCCGCUUCGAUUCAUUCAACAACAACGACGCUUUCUCUCUAUCCCGCUCAGACUCCAUGCGCAGCACAAGCGAGCCAGACCCGUUUGCGUCCAGGUUUGAUUCUUUCAACUACCAAAGAUAUGAUUCCUUCAAUGCACAAAGCUAUGACAACAACAACAACGCAUCAGAGACACCUAAAGCUUCAUUGACGAGGUUUGACUCAAUUGGAAGCACGAGAGACUCUGAUUACAGUCACGGGUUUGGGUUUGAUGACCAUGACCCGUUCGGUUCUACGGGACCAUUCAAGACAACGACAAGUACGGCUGAGACACCUCGGAGCUCUGAUCAUUGGAAUGCCUUCUAG